AUGGUAAAAGAUAAUUAGAAAAUAAAUGAUGAAUUAAAAAAAUUGAAAAAAGAGAGAGAUUAAAUUAGAGGAAAAAAAGAAGAUUAAAAAUCUUAAUCUUAAUUAGAAAAUCAUUUAAAUUAUGAUGAAAAAUUAAAUGAAUAUAAAAGAAAGCAUGAUGAACUUACAAAAAAAUUAAAAUAAAAUUUAGAACAUAUUGGAAUUAGAAAUAUUGGAAUAGAAUUAUUUUGGAGAGAAUUGAUAGCAUUUAAUUAAAAAAAUUUGAAAGCUUCAUUAAAAAUUGAUCCAGUAGAUAAAGUCUAUGAAAUAAUAAAAAAAAGGAGAACCAUUUGA